AUGAUUGAAACUGAGCUGGUGCAUUCUUCCGGUGCACGAAACCCUGGCUCUUGUCAUUUUCAACUGAUACUUCUUUCUUCUUCAAUCGUUUCGCUAGGGUUUGGACUCUGCUGAUAAUCGUGCUCCGGUUUGAGGCCAUUUCGUUCGCAUAUUCGUUGGCGUCAUGGAUUUCAGCUUAGGAGAUCUCAAUGCUCCUCAUUCGAUGGGGACUACUAUCAUCGGAGUCACUUACAACGGCGGGGUUGUUCUGGGCGCCGAUUCUCGCACCAGCACCGGAAUGUAUGUGGCGAAUCGGGCAUCUGACAAGAUCACUCAGCUAACCGAUAAUGUCUAUCUCUGCCGCUCUGGUUCGGCAGCAGAUUCGCAGAUUGUAUCAGAUUACGUCCGUCACUUUCUUCAUCAACACACGAUACAGUUGGGGCAGCCAUCAACAGUAAAAGUUGCUGCCAACCUUGUCAGAUUAUUAUCUUACAACAACAAGAACAUGCUGCAAACUGGUCUGAUUGUUGGUGGAUGGGAUAAGUAUGAAGGGGGCAAAAUUUUUGGAGUACCUCUGGGAGGCACUAUUUUAGAUCUGCCUUUUACCAUUGGAGGGUCUGGCUCUACCUAUCUGUACGGGUUCUUUGACCAAGAAUGGAAGGAAGGAAUGACGCAAGAUGAAGCUGAGAAAUUAGUUGUGAAAGCAGUUUCUCUUGCCAUUGCUCGGGAUGGUGCUAGUGGCGGUGUUGUUCGAACUGUGACUAUUAACGAGGAUGGAGUGGUUCGAAAGUUCUAUCCGGGUGAUACACUACCUCUCUGGCAUGAAGAGCUGGAACCUAAGGAUUCACUGUUGGAUAUACUGGCAGCAUCCAGCCCCGAACCAAUGGUCAGCUAAAUGAACUUUUACUUCCCAAAAUGUUCGGUCAUUCUGUCCUUAGCCACCAUAAAAUGUUCAAGACUUUUGAUGCUCCACUUUCACUCUCCACUAAUUUUAGUCGAAUGGUUUUUACUUUCCACCUAGACUCCACUCCCAUUUUGUUUCUGUGGUUUGUUUUGGAACAUGAUUGUGACAAACACACACAUAUAAAUACAUAUAUUUUUCAGCAUCA